AGAUGCGUCGCAAACUGCAAAAAUGCUUAUAUUAAACAUUAUUAUUUAUGAAGUGGUAUGUUUUAAUUAUAUAUAUGGACACACUUAAAAUCAAAAGCAAAUGAAGUAGGAAUCACUCAGAAUCACUGCAUUGAAAACAUCGUCUUAACACAAUCCAUCUUAACUACCUCACCUCCAUCAUGUUUGAAUCACUGCUGAAAGUAUUGAAGUUGUUUCAUUAGCCUCGAUGACGUGCGUUCAUGGAAGCUGGGAUGAUUGACACAUGACAAGGACCUCUGUCACCAUGACAACAGGCUCCAAUGGAAACAGAAUUGGGGGAGGCCCCUCCCCCUGCACUACAUAACCCCUCUCUUUGAUCUGGCCUGCACUCGCUCUCCGUCUCUCUGCUGCACUGAGCAGUUUUUCAUUGCUGUUGGUGUUAUUUUUGUUAGCUGACUGAGCCUCAAAGACUGCUGUGGGGAGCAUGUCCACUGACUGUGUGAGGUCACUCUCAGACAAAGCUGAACACACACUCACCAUGCACGAACAUCUCUCAGAUGGGAACACUGAAAUGGACAAUCAGAAGCACAGCUCCAAGGAACAUCAGCAGGACAAAUUGGGACAGAAGAAACCCCGCAGGAAAGACACUCCCGUACUCAACAGCCCUCCACUCAUACCAGGCGUGAGACUGAUAAAGACAGAGGCUCGAAUGAUUCAUCAGGAGGAUGAGGAGAAGGAGAUGAAGAAGUAGAUGUGUUUCAAACAUUUGGUUUUCAGUGUUGUUAGUGCUAAUUUUGAUUGUCGUCUGAGCCUUCAUUAAAUGUAGGUUUUGCAGCUA